AUGCCAAUUUCUGGUGUUUUCUUAUGUCAAGACGAUACAGGAAUGAUGUUAAUUGAGUCUAUUCAGCAACGACUUCAAUUAUUUUUAGCUCAAGUAAUAGGACGGUGGUCUAUGACAUAUAAACUUUAUACUAGGUAUUCUAAACAUUUACAUAUGGUUUCUAUGUCAUAUUAUCCUGGAAUUCUUUUUUGUAAAGUUAAUAAGACGUCUAUUGAAGUAAAUGGGGAUUUUGAACAGAUGAUUAUAAAAGCAAAACUUUGGAAUAUGAGACAAACCAUUCAUCUUGAUGGUGAUAUGUAUGAAAUCAAUGAUUUCAUAGUUCGUAUAGCAAGUACAAAUAAAGGUGUAAUAAUUAAUAUUGAAUAUAUGUCAUGUGAUACAAUUGCUCGAGGAUAUAUAACAAUACAAAGUUUUUUAAUUGAAUGUCUGAUUCCUACUUUUAAAAAUGCAUGCAUACGUUCAUCUUAUAAUGAAGUUGCUUUAGGUGAUGAAAAAUCAAAUUUAACAUCUGGUUUUCAAUUUAUAGAUGUUUUGAAAUAA